UCCGGCAUCGGACAACAGGAGGCGGAGGUCUGGCGCACGGCGCUCACAGGGAAGCAGCGGCCCCUGCGCUGUCCGCCCCGCGCAGACGCCCAGCCCGUCCUGGGAUGGACAGGGAGACGCGCGCCUUUGCCGAGAGCCACUUCCGAGGCCUCCGGGGGCGGCUCCCGGGAGGCGCCAGCCCGCCCCGCGGCUGCGUGGACUUCAUAGAGAAGCCGGACUCGUUCGCCUACGCCGACUUCUUCAAGGGCUACCUGCUGCCCAACAGGCCGUGCGUCUUCUCCAGCUCCUUCACCGCCGGCUGGGGCAGCCGCAGGCACUGGGUGACGCCCAGCGGGAAGCCCAACUUCGAGCACCUGCUUCGGAAGUACGGAGACGUGGUCGUGCCAGUUGCUAACUGCGGGGUCCAGGAGUACAAUUCGAACCCCAAAGAACACAUGCCUCUUAGAGACUACAUCAGCUACUGGCAAGAGUACAUCCAGGGAGGCUACUCCUCUCCGCGGGGCUGCCUCUACCUCAAAGAUUGGCACCUGUGCAGCCAGGCCUGCCACAGCCCCCUGUCCCCCUCCAGGGACGCGUCAGCAGAGGAUGUCUUCACCCUCCCCGUGUAUUUCUCGUCCGACUGGCUGAACGAGUACUGGGACGCCCUGGACGUGGACGACUACCGCUUCGUGUACAUGGGGCCCACCGGCACCUGGUCACCGUUUCACGCUGACAUCUUCCGCUCCUUCAGCUGGUCUGUCAACAUCUGUGGGAGGAAAAAGUGGUUCUUCUUCCCUCCGGGACAGGAAGAAGCCUUGCGGGAUUGCCAUGGUGGCCUGCCCUAUGACGUGACUUCCCCUGUGCUCCUUGACCGCCGCCUGUACCCCAUGCGCGAGCACUGCAGCCCACCGCUGGAGGUCACACAGGAGGCAGGCGAGAUGGUGUUCGUGCCCAGCGGCUGGCACCACCAAGUCCACAACCUGGAGGACACCAUCUCCAUCAACCACAACUGGGUCAAUGGCUGUAACUUGGCCAACAUGUGGCACUUCCUGCAGCAAGAGCUCCAUGCCGUACAGCAGGAAGUCAACGAGUGGAGGGACACCAUGCCUGACUGGCACCAUCAUUGCCAGGUCAUCAUGAGGGCUUGCUCCGGGAUCAAUUUCGAGGAAUUUUACCGCUUCCUCAAGAUCAUCGCUGAGAGGAGACUUCUCCUGCUGGCCAAGGGGAUGGGCCCUGAUGAAGUGGAGGGUGAGGAUGGUGAGGGCACCAUGCUGGGCCCCCAGCAGGCUGUUUUUGACAUUGGCCGGAUCGCCGAGGUGCUGGCCUCUGUGGUGGCCCACCCAGACUUCCAGAGAGUGGACACUAGCACGUUCUCGCUGCAGCCAGAGGAGCUUCUGCAGCAGCUGGAGCAGGUCUUGGUCACCACCGCGACCCUUUAAUGCACGUUGCACGGAUCAGGUACCCCGUGACGUGACAGGACCGUGGGGCACCAGCACAGAGAGCAGGUGGCCUCCUCCAGCAUGCCUUCUGGAAAUAAAGCUCCAUGCUUCUGUGUGGCCUGGGACAUGUCCUGUCCCCACUGAGCCCAGGCAUGGCUCCUGCUGUUAAGGGCGUGAUAGCACCCUGGCUGCCCGCUGGCCUCCUGGGGGCCCUGGUGCCUAUGCAGAGGGUUCAGGCUCCUGGUCCUGAGGUUCAGCCAAGGCUGAGUGCUCUGGAUCCAGUGAGGCGGUAGGUGGGAAGUGUUGGUCACUGAGAUCUGCAGCAACAAGGCCGGGAGUGUGCUGGGGACUCGGGUGGGGGCAGCACAUGGCUGGGAUUCUCGGUGCCCCUGGCCUUUCAGCAAAGACGGGCCUGUGAGCCAACAGGCCUCCCAUGCACAGCAGUGCUAGGCAGCUGGUGUGUCUGGCAGGGCACCCUCUGCAGCAGGACCACUGCAUGAAUGUGCAUCUUCCCUGGGAGUGAGCCCCUCCUUAUAUGUGGGAACUGGGGCCCAGGGCAGCCCCAGUCCAGGCCUCUGCCUCUGUCUGUUUCCACGGAGCCUGCCUUCCCUCUGCUGGCCUGUACCCCGUCCUUACUUAGGCCCCCAGUGGCACUUGGGUGCCAUUCAGGGUCCGCGGGCCUGGUGGUUUUAUUUCCCUCCUUCUGGAGACAGCCCUGCCUUUCCCUGUCAGGCUCUAGGCCCUCCCCUGGGGCUGCAUGCCCAGCAAGGGCAACGUGUUUUCAUCUACUCAGACUCUGCACCUUUCCCAACUAUUAUCAGAUGCCACCCCCUGAAUAAAUUUGUCCCCAAUCCUCAACAUCUCUCCUUCCCAAUUAGAAGUGUCCCUUCAGUAUUUCCUGGCACUCUGCUAACUCCAAGUUGUGUAUCUAUAUUUAUUAUUGACCUCCUCUGGUAGAUAUUAAGUUCCUAGGAGUCGGGAGCCUGUGUUAACCAUCUCGUAUCCCCCACAGUAACUUUGUAGAAUCUAGUACCUACCAGACGCUCUAAGGUUGAACGUUGAGUGGAGCUGUUGACCAGCAACACUAGGUGUUUCUACUGGGCAUUCUGGCAGCUCUGUCAUGCUGCUUAGCAGUGCUCUCUAGUACGUGCACACUCUUCAUGCACAUACAACAAUAGACCAUGAACCUAAAGGAUG